GGAAGUCCUAUUCUUAAUCCCAUGUGGUUGACUUGACUGUGGCAUGUCAAACUGAGCCAGUCGUCCAGGGGAACGCCAGUCAGUAGGUUUUGACUGUUGUUGUGGAUAUGAGAGGAAGUUAGAUGUGUUAACCUGGUAGUCACCCGGUGUACAGGCCGCUGUACAGCAGCAUCCAUUUGAGCGGGACUGCCCGACCGGCCUGGUGGCUCCUGUCGCUACCUAACUGGCUAGCUAGCUAGCUAACCUCAACCCGCUAACUUCGCCAGUUUAAGGCGGUUGGGGAAACGGGGCCUCCGGUUAGUACGACUCGGUUUACAGCUGCCCUGGAGAGCUUAACACCCCGGCUUAUUUUCCGGAGCAACAUCCUACUGAGAUGGACAACCUAAGUGAGGCCCUGGAGAAGCUGAAGCUAGCGUCUACAGACAGCGCCACUGACAGCGUGGAGAGCUGCCUGGACUGCCUGCUGAAAGCACUCGUCAACAACAACACCGAAGCCAGUGUGAAGAUCCAGGAGAUGGGCAUUCUCCCCCUGCUCCCCACCCUGCUAAACCCCCAGUCUUCCUGCACCCCUAAAGUAGCCAACAUCAUAGCUGAGGUGGCCAAAAAUGAGUUCAUGCGGAGUCCCUGUGUUGAAGCCGGCCUCAUCCCUCCUCUAAUUCAGCUGUUAAACUCCACCGACCAGGAGGUUUUACUGCAGACUGGCCGAGCUCUUGGCAACAUCUGUUAUGACAGCCAUGAGGGCAGGAGUGCAGUUGACCUGGCAGGAGGGGCUCAGAUAGUAGCUGAACACAUUAAAUCCCUCUCCCAAAAUACUGAGCCGGAAAAUGAGAAGCUCUUGACUGUCUUUUGUGGCAUGCUGAUGAACUAUAGCAAUGAUAAUGAUUCUUUACAAGCCCAGCUGAUCAAUAUGGGUGUAAUUCCCACUCUGGUGAAGCUGCUAGGCAUCCAUUCCCACAACACAGCCCUGACAGAAAUGUGUCUAAUUGCCUUUGGGAAUUUGGCUGAGCUUGAGUCCAGCAAAGAGCAGUUCGCCUCAACCAAUAUUGCUGAGGAGCUGGUGCAUCUUUUCCAGAAGCAGACAGAGCACGAGAAGAAGGAAAUGAUUUUUGAGGUUCUGGCUCCACUUGCAGAAAAUGAUGUGAUAAAGCUGCAGCUGGUGGAGGCGGGCUUAGUGGAGUGUCUUCUGGAGGUGGUGGCGCAGACUGUAGAUGGAGAGAGGGAGGAGGACAUCGCCCAGCUCAAGACUGCCUCUGACCUCAUGGUUCUCCUGCUGCUGGGAGAUGAGUCUAUGCAGAAGCUGUUUGAGGGAGGAAAGGGCAGCGUCUUCCAGAGGGUCCUGUCCUGGAUACCAUCUCAUAACCAUCAGCUGCAGCUUGCUGGGGCUCUUGCCAUCGCUAAUUUUGCUCGCAACGAUGGGAAUUGCAUCCACAUGGUGGACACUGGUAUUGUGCAGAAGCUUCUGGAGCUGUUGGAUCGGCACGUUGAGGAAGGAAACGUCACUGUUCAACAUGCAGCACUGAGCGCCCUGCGGAACCUGGCCAUACCUGUGGUAAACAAAUCCAAGAUGCUGUCAGCUGGAGUAGCAGAUGUGGUAUUGAAGUUUUUGCAAUCAGAGAUGCCUCCAGUCCAGUUUAAACUCCUGGGGACAUUACGUAUGCUCAUCGAUACACAAGCUGAAGCCGCAGACCAGUUGGGAACCAAUGGGAAACUGGUGGAGAGGCUGGUGGAGUGGUGUGAAGCCAAAGAUCACGCGGGAGUGAUGGGCGAGUCCAACAGGCUCCUGUCGGCCCUCAUUCGACACAGCAAGUCCAAGGAAGUUGUCAAAACGGUCAUCCAGGGAGGAGGCGUCAAGCAUUUAGUUACCAUGGCAACUAGUGAGCAUAUGAUUAUGCAGAAUGAAGCACUGGUGGCUUUGGGUCUCAUAGCAGCGCUGGAUUUGGUUGCAGCUGAGAAGGACUUUGUUGGAGCCCACCUGGUGUCAGUGCUUCACAAGCUGCUGUCAGAUGAGAGGAGUGCACCAGAGAUCAAGUACAACUCUAUGAUCCUCAUCUGUGCAGUCAUGGGCUCAGAGCCUCUCCACAAAGAAGUCCAGAGCUUGGCGUUCAUCGACGUGGUGUCCAAGCUGAGGGCUCAUGAAAACAAAACGGUAUCACACCAGGCGUCGCUCACAGAGCAGCGAUUAACUGCCCAGAGCUAAAUGACUGUGUUCAACCCCAACCAUAUCCAUCCACCCACCCAAAUACCUGCCUGACCACCUAAUCACCCAAUGACACCUCAUGACUGCUCUCCCCUGUGCCCCAUCGUCAUGUGCCAAGGUACCAUGUCGCGUUAACUGCCAGACAGACAUACAGUCUUGUCUCUACCCCUUACCCUCUGCCCUGCCCACCUCCACUAGGGUUAGACUGAUGCCGAUUUGGUACGCCAAUACUUAAUGCUUAUAUACAAAUCAUAAAAUCUGUGCAUUUUCUAAUUAAAAUUUUAUUUUAAAUUACAAGAAUUUGCCCAGAAUUGAAUACAUAAUAGGGUGGAAAAGCCUCUGAAACUGUUUUUAGACUACUGUGGGACACCAAAACUCUCCUCUGAAAGCCAUACUAAUGAGAUUUAUUUAGGUGGGUUAGCAGGUCCUUAGGCAGGGUGAGGUAGGUUUCAUUUCAGGCUUUACAGACUGACACCCAUUAAAUGCUCAAUGGAGUGUCUAGAGGUUGACACCAUUGACUUACUGGUCUAUCUACUAUCUUCUUCUCUUUUUUUUUUAAAUAAACUGAUACAUCAGUCUAACCCUGGUCUCCACAUCUUCUUGCGCAUGCAUCUUCAGCUACAAGUAGCUCCACAGGAGCUGAGGCGCCAUAAACAGCCUAACGCAAUAGAUAAGAGACGACACUCUUUUACGACCAUAGCUGUGAUACCAUCCGCCGGUAACCCACCAGAGAAAAAUGUGCACAAAAGAACAAAAAAAAAAACCCUUCCUGUUGUGAUUUUUCUUUCAUUUUUAAGAAAAGCAGCCAAUCAUGAUGUGCCCAGUCGUGUCCCAUGUAGCUCAGUAUAAAUUGACUAGAAACUGUGCAUGUUUUAGUCCUGUUGAAGGUGUGACAGUGUUCAUUUUACCUCUACCGCUCACAUACUCCAAAGUACAGCCUGCCCUCCUCCACUGACACCUCUAGUCUUGUACACUCCUUUUUUUGCACUUGUUCUUUAAGACUUGGAUCUAGAGAUUUUAUCAGAUUUUUAAUUCCACAGUUGUCCAAACACAUUCCCACUGCUCCAACAGCUGUACAGUGAAAUUAGAGGCUCCACAAGUCUCUACCCCAACACUGAAAGAGAAUCAUGUUAGAACCAGGUGAAGAAAACAGAGGAGAACAGGGCUGUAGUCAAGUCUACCUUUGUUAGUCGAGUCCAGUUCAUCUCCAAGACUGAAUGCAGCCAAGACCAAAAUACAGAAUUGAUAGUGUGUCUAUCCAAAUGGAAAUAUACUGCAAUGCUUAAGAAGUUUGUCCAUCAGCAGAAAUGUGCAGCUUCAGCUCUGUUCCAGGACCUUCAGACAUAAAUCAUCAUCUUGUGUUGCCCUCUCUCCGAAGUUGGACAUUUCAGUCGUUGAGCGGCUCAUAAAAAUUAUUACGGGAAGAUUGUUGUAAAUACAAACUAACCAUAUGCUAGGCAAUGUCCUUUGUGACCUAUAGGGUUGGAAAAACAAUGUCAAGUGGGUGGAAAGUAACAAAAAAUUCCAUUCAAGUCAAUACAAACCAUGUAAAAUCAAAGAGGGCGCAGGAUGACUUUUUCACAAAGUCAUUGAUUUCACAUGGUUGGUACUGACUUAAAUUAAAAAGAAGUUUUAUAGGUUAUAGAUUGCUAAGAAGAUUGCCUAUUUAACAUCACUCCAAUGAAUGCACAAUCUACAGAUAAAAUUCUUGUUUGUAGCACUGUGGAGAACACAAGAAAAUAUCAAUAACAGAUAUAUUUUUGGAUGGAUAGGAGAUGGCAGAGUAAGCUAUGAAGAGCAGUCAAGAACAAGUUAAGUUAAAGUCAAAGUAAGCACGAGACUGAGAAUUCAAAAAAGACUAGACUGAAGUACUACAGCCUAGGUUCAAGAUUCACUCUGUGAUCCUGUUAUAACACACAACAGUGCCCCCAAAAAAUCACAAAACUCUGUAACCAAAAAACAACAGGGAGUGUAAUUUUACUGUACGAAAUAAAGCAGACACCAUUACUACGUGUGUGUACAGUUUCUGCGUGUGUGUUGUGAAUGUACUGCUUGGGGUCGGCAGCGUGGAGCAAAGUCUGGGAUCUCGUGAGAAUGGGUAACUGAAUGCAGAUACAGAACUGUCACUGUAUUUGUGCUGUUUAAAGCCCCAACCACCACCACAGCAGCACCGCGCCCUCCAGAGGACCGGCCUCUGUGCUGGCGGAACUGUUGGUUCUUCUAGUCAAAGCGAUUUCUGCUAACAUGCACAUUUCAGUAUGUCUGACACUGUAGCGACACUCACACGGUGUGUUUCCUGGUCAGGGCCCAUGCUAUUUUUUUUUUUUUUUUUUUUUUUUUUUUUUUAAGGUAUGAAUGGUUAUUUAUCAGAUUUGUGCUCUUCUAAAGACACAUGCCAGUGGAGAUGUAUCCAUAGUAACUGCGUAAAAUACUAUAAACUUAAAUGUUUGUUGUAAAUGUCAUGAGUUGUACAUUUGGAGGAUUGUAACUCAGCAGAUAAUUAAAAGAUGAUAGCUGG